AUGAAAGUAAAAGGCAAAGAACUCCCUCCCUUGCUGGCCUCUCUGGUCAGUGUCUGCCUGGCCACCCUUCCCUACGGCAGUGCCUGCCCCCGCCGCUGUGCCUGUUAUGUCCCUACAGAGGUACACUGCACGUUCCGGUAUCUCACCACCAUCCCAGAUACCAUCCCUGCCAAUGCAGAACGCAUCAACCUGGGUUACAACAGCUUGAUUAAACUAACUGAAACAGACUUUAUUGGCCUGCACAAGCUGGAGUUGCUGAUGCUGCACAGUAAUGAGAUUCGUGACAUCCCAGACAAGACAUUUACAGACUUACAUGCCUUACAGGUUUUAAAAAUGAGCUACAAUAAAGUCAGAAGACUUCACAAAGAUACCUUCCAUGGCCUUAGGAGCUUGACUCGGCUCCACCUGGACCACAACCACCUGGAGUUUAUAAACCCAGAGACCUUUUAUGGACUCACCUCCCUUCGGCUUGUGCACCUGGAAGGAAAUCUGCUCACCAAACUCCAUCCCAAUACCUUUGUCUCUUUGAGCUAUUUCCAGAUAUUUAAAAUCUCAUUCAUAAGGUACAUCUAUUUGUCAGACAACUUCCUGACCUCCAUCCCACAGGAGAUGAUUCUGUAUAUGACUGAACUGGAGAGCAUUUACUUGUAUGGAAACCCUUGGAUAUGUGACUGUGAGCUAAAUUGGCUUCCAGACUGGAUACAGCAGAAUCCAGAUACAGUAAAAUGCAAAAGAGACAGAAGUUCCUCCACUCUUCUGCAAUGUCCACUAUGCACAAAUCCUAAGAAAUCCAAAGGCAAACGCUUAGCUGAGAUCUCAGCUGAAUCCUUGACUUGUGUUAAGCCAACCAUUGACUCUGCCUUGAAGAUGAAGAACCUCACUCUACCAGAAGAGGGCGACUCCAUAUCUCUCCUGUCCAAAGACUUUGUGGCACCCCUUGGUUUGAUAACUAUGAAUUUGACAGACCAGUCUGGGAAUGAAGCUAAUUUGGUUUGCAAUAUUCAGAAGCCUUCUAAGACAUUACCUGUUUCAUUUGCUGAAGAGAGUGGCUAUGUCACACUGAAUACGUCAUUUUCCACCUUCCUUGUAUGUAACAUAGAUCACCACCACAUCCAGCCACUGUGGCGAAUUCUAGCCAUGUAUAGUGAUUCUCCACUGAGGCUAGAAAGAGCACUUUCCCUUACCCAAACACCCCAACUGACUCAGACAUAUAGACAGAUUACUGCAAGGAAUGAAGACAUUUUUACUGAUAUAAAAGCAGAACUAAGAGCUGAUCCAUCGUGGCUGAUGCAGGACCAGAUAUCGCUACAACUAGAUAGGACUGUGACCACCCUCAGCACUCUGCACAUUCGGUAUCUGGUGGAUGCCCAUGUCACUGUACCACAUGAAAAAGAAGGGCAAAUCAAGCACAAGUGGGCUAUGAUUUCCAGAGAUAAUACUACUAAGUUGGAGCGUACUGUUUUAGUGGGUGGGACCAUGGAACUGGAUUGCCCAGCCCAAGGAGAUCCCAGUCCUCAUCUAGAGUGGGUUCUUGCAGAUGGGAGCAAAGUGAGAGCCCCUUAUAUUAGUGAGGAUGGGAGAAUCCUAAUAGAUAAAGCUGGAAAGCUAGAACUGCAGACAGCUGAUGGCUUUGACACUGGCCUCUACCACUGCAUCAGCACCAAUUAUGAUGAUGCAGAUAUCCUCACAUAUAGGGUUACAGUGGUGAAUCCAAACGUGGGUUCUCAUCACAUAAAUGGGGCUCCACAUGUGAGUUCUUCUGGAGAGACACUUGACCUUCCAUGUCGGUCCACUGGGAUCCCAGAUGCCUCUGUCAGUUGGGUUCUCCCUGGAAACAUUGUACUUCACCACUCCAUAGGAAACAAGCAAAUUCUCAGUGAUGGCACAUUGAGAAUAUUGAAGGUCACUGAAGGAGACAGUGGUUAUUUUCGAUGUGUAGCAGCUAAUCCAUAUGGUGUGGAUUUUUUGAUUUUCCUAGUAUCAGUAGACAUGAAAGGGAACAAUCUUGAAUAUCAAGAUAGAGAAGCUGAUGGCUCUGGGAAAGAGGAACCUAAAGCCACUACCACAAACCUCAAGGAACCAUCAGUGGUACAAAACACAGUGCCUCUAGGGGCUGAUAUGACAAAACAGGACAUUUCAAAUCCAAGUAAAAGGCAGAAUUACAGUGAGCUGAUGUAUCGCCGCCAUGGAGAUCCAAUAAACAGACGUUUUAGGGAACGUAGGAGACAAUUUCCUCCUUCUGCUCGAAGGCUUGACCCAAGACAAUGGGCAGCAUUUUUGGAAAAAGCUAAAAAAAUAGCCACACCAGACAAAGUAGGAAGUGCCAUAACCACACCCCCUACACAAGUCACUGUACUGUCAGAACUCCCUGCAGAUGGAGAAGAAUCAUCGGGCGUCUUGCCCCCAGAUGAAGAGUUCAUGCUUUUGACAACAAGAGCUCUGGAGACAUCAGCAAGUCCAGUGACUACAGAUCCCAUAACACCCCCAGGCAGCUCUGAAACCAGUAUCACUCCUGGUACAGAAGCCUUGCCAAUAGUCAGUCCACAGACUUCACAACCUGAAAGGCCUGAAGAACUCAUGUCAAAUACAAAUUUAAAUCUAUCCACAUCUGUUUCAACACACUUUACCCUAAGCACAUCAAGUAAUAUGCAAGGCAUCACCACUCAACAGCUACCUACCAUCUCUUCUCUGAUGUCUGUUCCAAUCAAAAUCUUGAGAAAUGAGAAGCCUUUAUGGGAAAGAAAUGAACACUCAAAAAGCAUGCCCACAAUGUUAGGAGAUGAUAUUAGUAGAGAUAGCAAUGUCAAUAUAUCUGGGAACCCUCGUGGAAAAGAUCAUGUAUUUAGAGACUCUGUUGAUCAAAUCUCUCAUCACCACCUAACCGUAAUAACAGAGAAUGAGCCAAAUAAUGAUCAUUUUUAUUCCCAUAUCACUCAAAAAACUCUUAUCUCUAAGUUUCCCACAGACUCAACAAUGAUGAUGCAAAAUCAAGUUUGGGCCAUCAGUGAUGUAACUACCACUACCCCACUAAUGAGACAUUAUGGGAGACGGAGGAAAAUUUGGGGCAGGAGGAGAAUUAUUAGCCCAGGUAGAAUCCCAAACGUCAGAGGACACAGAUACCCCUUUUUGAGACCAAGAUUCAAGGUUCUACCUGAAGAAAGGAUGCCACUGCUCCCAACAGAACUUGAUAUGAAGUGCCCAACAUGUACACCUGGAAUGAUGCCCACUACAGCUCCUUCUCAUUUGCUUCUUCCAAGUGCUGAAUAUACCACCCUCCCCAAAAUGGAGUCUGCAAAAGUGGUAUCAGUGCCUACUACUCCAUACCCAAACCCAGCAUCUGAACUUGAAGAGGUAGAUAAGCCUUAUAUAGAAUUAGAGAAAACAACCCCUGUAAUGAGAUAUUUCAGUGCAGAAAGCACACAUGUAACUCCAAAGAAUGAAUUGAAGACCCUUGCCACUAUGCCCCUGGAUACAGAAAAAAGCUUUUCAAUGAACAUUAGUCAUCCAGCUUUGUUUAGCACUAUCCCCAGUACCAGUGUGACUAAGAAAGGUGCAUCCAAUCCCACAACUCAUUCAAGUGUGAUCUCUGUCUCCUCUACUCCUAGUAUGAGAACUUUUACAAGAGCUUUUAGAAGAAAAAUUCCUUGGCACCAAAUUUUUGUGAACAAUUAUGUCCAAAGAGAAAUGCCUAAGAAUCUCAAUCAAUCCAGUCCACAAACAAGCACAGUCACAGUUCCUCCUAAAAUGUCCCUGGUCAUGCCCCCUGAUGGAGGUUCUUUCCAUUUCACAACUCUCUCAUCAAAGGAGAUGCAAAUCCCAGCUAUAACUCAGAAAUUCACUCAUAAGGAUAGCAUUCCUGAAGGAGCCACCCCUGAGAAUGUCCUGACAAUGACAGAUCUUCCAACUUUGCUUUUUUACCCUAAUACUGCAAGUAUCAAAAGCUUACCUAGCACAGACGGUUUUAUGCCAAUACAUUCUCUCCCUACCAUCUACACAUCUGACACUGUCAUCAGAAGUCAAACAGCCAGACCUGGAAGAUGGAAAGGGCAAAGACAAAGGCGACCACAGAAAAAUAUUAUGACCCCACAGGGCAUUACUGAGUUUGAGAAUUCUGUUACUAUUUCAUCGGGAACCACAGCCCCUCCUAAUGUAAUGAUAGUUCAACCUUUAGUUAAUCCCAGCAUCUUUACUAUGACUCAAUCUCCUUCAGAGGGCACGAAAGGAAUUCCAACUUCAAAUAGCCUUAAUCCACUAACUCUUAAUGCUACAGACAUAAAUGAAGAGGUAGCUAAAACAAGUACUCAGACACUAGCAAAGACAACUGAUACUAGUAUGACCUUACCCAGUAAAACACUGCAAAGUACUCUUGCUAGCAAAACACCAUUCCUGAGAAUUAACAAUAGCACAGAAGUACCCAAAGCUACCUCCGUUCCCUUCUCCAGAAGCGAAGUAACUGACCAAGUGCCAAUCACACUCUUUGGGAUGAUGGCUCAUAAUGAGCCAAAGCCACAGGAAACCUCAAGUCUCCAUAUUGACCAGAACAUGUCUGGGUCUGAGACUGAAGCACCUUCUGGAUCAUAUCCCCAAACAGAGUCCUCUUUUAGAACAACACCCUUUAUCUAUGCUGAUCUAUAUCCCAUGCCAGUACUGCCACUAACAACAGUUGAACCACAAAGCUCCAAGGAUAAGAUUACUCCUCUCUGGACAGAAAACCUAUUUUGGCAUCAAUCAUAUCCAGAAAUUGCUGACAGAGGCAAAAUACCAGUAGCAAAUAUGUUGACCACAAUAAAGUUUUCAGAAAGCACCACUCAACAUACUCCAAAGUGGGGAGGUCAGAAAGAGAAUGUAAUCAAAAGUAGCCUUGAUCAGACAGCAGUUCAAGAAACAGCUACUGCCAAGCCCCUAAUAUUUGGCUCUCUGUCUAGAAAUAGAUUUGAAAAGCCAAGGAUAGUUGGAGGCAAAGCAGCUAGUUUUACAGUGCUGGCUAACUCAGAUGCCUUCAUCCCCUGUGAAGCCACUGGUAAUCCUUCCCCCACUAUUCACUGGACCAGAGUUUCAUCAGGAAUUGUUUUAUCUGAAGAAAUGCGAGAGAGCAGAUUUGAAGUAUUCUCUAAUGGUACUCUCUUCAUUCAGAAUGUGAAGAUUCAGGACCGUGGACAGUACCUGUGUGUGGUUGCCAAUCAGCAUGGCUCCGACAGACUUCAUGUCACUUUGUCAGUGAUAGCCUAUCCUCCUAGGAUCCUGGAAGGCCGAACAAAGGAAAUUACUGCCCAUUCUGGUAGUUCCGUGGAGGUAAAAUGUAGAGCUGAAGGAAGGCCUACCCCCAAAAUUUCCUGGAUUCUAGCAAAUCAAACAGUGGUUUCAGAAUCAUCUCAGGGAAACAACCAGGCAGUGGUGAAAUCUGAUGGGACUUUGGUUAUCAACACACUCACUGUUUAUGACCGUGGAGUUUACACCUGCAUGGCCAAUAACCCAGCUGGGAUGGAUUCAUGGCUGGUUAAGAUACAAGUUGUUGCUGCACCACCAAUUAUCUUGGAACAAAAGAGACAAUUUAUCACUGGGAUAUGGGGUGAAAAUUUGAAACUGCCCUGUACAGCUAAAGGAAACCCUCAGCCUAGUGUUUACUGGGUCCUUUUUGAUGGCACUGAAGUGAAACCUUUACAAUUUAUAAAUGCCAAGUGGUUCCUGUUUCCAAAUGGGACUCUUUAUAUACGAAAUAUAGCCUCUUCAGACAGGGGUAACUAUGAAUGCAUAGCUACCAGUUCCACUGGUUCAGAGAGAAGGGUAGUCAACCUAAUAGUAGAAGAGAGAGACACCAUUCCCAGGAUAGAAACUGCCUCCCAAAAACUGACUGAAGUGAACUUUGGAGACAAAUUGUUACUGAACUGUUCAGCUACUGGAGAACCCAAGCCCAGAAUAAUCUGGAGGUUACCAUCCAAGGCAAUUGUGGACCAAUGGCACAGGAUGGGCAGUCGGAUCCAUGUUUAUCCCAAUGGGUCCUUGCUUAUUGGGGCUGUCACCGAAAAGGAUGCAGGUGAUUAUUUGUGUGUGGCCAGAAAUAAAAUGGGGGAUGACCUGAUUUUGAUGAAAGUUAGCCUGAGAAUGAAGCCUGCCAAAAUUGACCACAAGCAGCAAUUCAAGAAGCAAGUGCUACAUGGGAAGGACUUCCAAGUCGACUGCAAAGCGUCAGGCUCCCCUGUGCCAGAGAUAUCUUGGAGUCUGCCAGAUGGAACGAUGAUAAACAACGUUAUGCAAGCAGAUGAUAGCAGGAGACGGACUCGGAGAUACAUCCUUUUUGACAAUGGUACUUUGUAUUUCAACAAAGUUGGAAUUGCAGAGGAGGGAGAUUAUACCUGUUAUGCACAGAACACUCUAGGGAAAGAUGAAAUGAAGGUCCACCUGACAGUCGUUACAGCUGCCCCUCGGAUAAGACAAAGCCACAAGACUUACAUUAGAGUGACUGCUGGGGAAACUGCAGUGCUUGUCUGUGAGGUCAUUGGGGAGCCCAAGCCCCAAAUAUUCUGGUUGCUCCCAUCCAGUGAUAUAAUUUCAUCUUCUACUGACAGAUACCUGUUGUAUGAUAAUGGAUCAUUAUCUAUAGGCAAAGUAAAGUUGCUAGAUUCUGGAGAGUACAUGUGUGUUGCACGAAAUCCAAGUGGGGAUGACGCAAGAAUGUAUAGACUGGAUGUAGUCUCCAAGCUACCCCUGAUCAAUGGCCUAUAUUCCAACAAAACGGUCAUCAAAACAACAGCCGUGCAGCACUCCAAGAAACACCUGGACUGCCAAGCAGAAGGAACACCUCCACCAGAAAUAAUGUGGAUUAUGCCAGAUAACAUUUUCCUCACAGCACCAUAUUAUGGAAGCAGGAUCACUGUCCAUAAGAAUGGCACCCUAGAAAUAAGGAAUGUCAGGCUCACUGACACUGCCGAUUUUAUCUGCAUUGCUCGUAAUGAUGGUGGAGAGAGUGUCCUGGUUGUGCAGCUGAAGGUGUUAGAAAUGCUACGACGACCGACGUUCAGAAAUCCAUUUAAUGAAAAAGUUGUGGCUCAGCCCGGGAAGCCCAUGGCACUAAAUUGUUCUGUUGAUGGAAAUCCACCCCCAGAAAUCAUUUGGCUUUUACCUAAUGGCACGCGAUUUUCUAGUGGAAGCUCAAAUUCCCGGUAUCAACUAGGAAGAAAUGGCUCCUUGAUUAUUAUUAAGCCAACAAGGGAUGAUGCAGGGAAAUAUCGUUGUGCUGCAAGAAAUAAAGUUGGCUACAUUGAAAAACUAAUUAUAUUGGAAAUUGGCCAGAAACCCGUUAUUCUUACGUACGUGCGGGGAAUGAUACAGAGCAUCACUGGGGAGUCUGUAUCCCUUCAUUGUAUGUCUGAUGGAAGCCCUAAACCAAACAUCGUCUGGACAGCGCCCAGUGGUCAUGUGAUAGACAGGCCUCAAAUUAACGGAAAAUACACAUUACAUGAAAAUGGCACAUUAGUCAUCAACAAGGCCGCUCCUCACGACAGAGGAAGCUAUGCAUGUAAAGCUCAGAACAGCAUUGGUGAGGCAGUGAUCACCAUUCCAGUCAUGAUCAUUGCCUACCCGCCCCGGAUCACCAAUCGGCCCCCGAGGAACAUACGCGUGUUGACGGGAGAAGCCGUUCAGCUCCACUGUGUGGCUCUGGGAAUACCCAAACCAGAAGUCACAUGGGAAACGCCCGGCCACUCAGUGUUUUCUGCAGCAAGCAAAGCCAGGUCCAGCAGAAGUGAACUCCUUCAGCCACAAGGCACACUCAUCCUUCAGAACCCCAAGAAAUCAGAUUCAGGGACGUACACAUGCACAGCAAAGAAUCAGCUUGGGAGUGAUUAUGCAAGAACUUAUGUUCAAGUGAUCUGA